AAAUAGGAGGAGAUUCGUGGUUUGAAAUUUGAUCUCCAUUCUCCACGCCCUCUUCUUUCUUCUUCCAAUAUCUAAAAUCUCUUUUGCUUAAAGACCAGAAAUGGAUAAAAAGUAUGCAGUGCAGUAUUGCACAGUGGAAACCAGUGAUGGGUGCAGUCUCCACGCAAGAAUCUUCUAUUCACGAAGAGAACAAGCAGAAGUGGAGGGGGAAAGGAACUUGGUGGUGGUGUUGGUGCACCCAUACUCCAUAUUGGGUGGAUGUCAAGGUCUCUUGGGUGGAAUUGCAGGAGGGUUAGCGCACGCAGGUUACAAAGCUGUCACCUUUGAUAUGAGAGGCGUCGGCAGAUCCACAGGGAAGCCGUCUCUCACUGGCUUCAAGGAAAUCAGGGAUGUUGUUGCUGUCUGCCAAUGGGUCAGUCGAAAUCUGGACACUGAUAGGAUUUUGUUGGUGGGCUCUUCUGCAGGUGCACCAAUUGCUGGCUCGGCUGUAGAUCAAGUUGAUCAAAUUGUGGGAUAUGUGAGCAUAGGGUAUCCUUUCGGCUUCUUGGCCUCGGUCCUAUUUGGACGACAUCACAAGGCCAUACUGAAGUCACCGAAACCAAAGCUGUUCAUUAUGGGAACUCAAGAUGGGUUCACCAGUGUCAAGCAGCUGAAGAACAAACUAAGUGGUGCAGCCGGACGCACGGAGACCUAUCUCGUAGAAGGGGUCGGCCAUUUCGAAUUGGAAGGGCCGGGCUACGAUGAUGCCAUGGUGAACUCGAUCUUGGACUUUAUUAGAUCAUUGUAGAUUUCAGGGCUCACGCUUCAUAUCGAUCUUGGUUUCUAGAAAACAAAGGUAGGUUGUGUAGGAAUGUCACUUUGAGCCCUUAAACCGAAGGGAGGAGGGGUUGGCACGCAUGAUAUUAGCGCAUCGCCACGUCUUGUAUUGUUAGUUUGAGCCAAGAUCAUUUUUAGGGCUCAUGAACUUUCUUUUGUUUAUAUGAAGUUUUGGUGCUGUAGAAUAAGGUAAAUAUUGCCCUUGCAUAAAUUUGUAAUCUUGCAGUUCAAGCA